AUGAUAUACAGGACGAAUUUGGUGCUGAUAUUGCUCGUAAUCAGCAUGGUGAUUACAGUGGCUUAUUUCUCAGACUCCGCAAAGGGCACCCUACAAGUGCUGGAUCUUUCUGAGGGUGCUACUUCAAUUAUCCAGAAACUACAAAACGCAAACUUAGACGAGAAAACGGACGCUGACAAAGACAAAGACAAGGAAGACGAGGCGCCUGGUCUGGAUCCGUGUACACUGAAACACCCGCUAAAUGGGGCUUUCUAUGACUUAACCCCGCUGGGAUCGCUUGGUUCCGAGGGAAUGACUCAGGCGUGGAAUGCCAAAGGGUUUGAUUACGGUUUUAACUUCACACUGGGAAUUUGCUCCUCACCGUUGAAGAAGGCCGUAGUGGCUGCAGGCCUGGGCGACGAUUUCCCGGAUGCACAGAACAUUUCCCGGAUUGGUGGAUACUACACGGACACCUCUGGGGUCAAAUACUCGAUUGGAGAGUUCAAUACGACGCCGCGUUUUCGUGGUCGUAAGUUGGUCAUGGAGUACACUGAUGGAAGUUUCUGCAAGAGUCUUCCAGGCGGAGAAAAAAUCCGUCGUUCCACUCUGUUAUCGUUCACAUGUGAUCGUGAGAUCAUGGCAAAGGCUCAGAUCAGUUUUGUGGGUGCUUUGCACGACUGUGACUACUUUUUCGACGUGCGGACAAUCCACGCGUGUGCUACUGCAGCCAAGAAGGACGAUCUGGCCAUCAUCUGGAUCUUCCUGUUGAUCUUCUUGGCAGCACUUGGAGUUUAUUGCAGCGGAGGAAUGAUAUACAAGAGGAUUGUGCUGAACCGGAGAGGGUGGAAGCAGCUGCCCUCAUAUGGAAUAAUGCACAAAGUGAAGAGUGUCUUCACGGGCCAAGUAAGUUAUAUUUUUUUGCAAGAAUCCCCAUGGCAAUGCGGAUCGGAAACUAACAGAGGCAGACAGAAUAGGAGAAACAUUAGAUUUGACCGGAACCGUUUUGACACGAAUAACUUUGACUAUUUGGGCAGCCAGAAUGAUCUCAUCGAUGUGCUGGACAUUGAUAGCGAUGGGACUUCGUGA